AGCCUCCCUCCCUCUCCAGGGCGGCGAUGGCCGCACACAUCCCUCCUGCCGAGCGGCCAUCAGCCACCUGUCGGUCCACCUGGGAGAAUCCUCUCCCUUUGCUGAGAACCAGCGAAAGAUGUUGAACGCAUAUUCCGCAGACAAUUUCCGCUCUCCCAUCUCGUGCUUCACACCCGGAGGUAACAGGGACAUCCAGGCGGAGCCUGUGCUGGACUUCCUGGGCUUUCUGCCUGCAGAAAUGAGGGCCAUUCAGAGGCCGGCUGCCCCCGCUGGGAACCUGUGCGCGGUUGAACAGCUCCUGAGCACCUUGGAGAACGGGGUCUGGCCCCUGGGCUGGACCAGGAAAUUUGUGGAGGCCCUGGAGAGAACAGGGAGCCGUUUAGCCGCCCGCUGCGUGAACCCUGAGCUGUCUCCGUCCUUUGGGAACACUCAUGAUGAGUGUCCCCAGCUGAUGAGCCGCCUUCAGCCCACUCUGGUGGACACACUUGAGGUCAGAGACGUUGUGGAUAAACGUGCGGAGGAGGACCUGUGAGCAACUGAAGACAGAAACCGGAUUGUUGCUGCAGAAAACAUUGGAAAUGAAUCAGGUAUAAGAGAGUUACUGAAAAGGAUCAUGGAGAAACAAAACUGGUUUUCUACGUUUCUGACUAUUCUACAUUUCUAAACGGGAUAUGAUGGGCUUGUCCAAGAGCUAACAGGCCCCAGUUGCUUUGAAAGCAAUGCAGAAACUGAGAAUUUAUCACAAGAUGGUCCUGAAGUUAAGGAGUCACAUCUUUUAGCCACAGUUCAGCCAAGUCCAGAGAAAGAAGCCUGGGACGUGGAGAAUAACCCCCUGGAAUCAUCUUUUAUGGAUUCUUCUAUAGUUUCAGAAUCAGACACAAGUUUGGCAGAAGGAAGUGUCAGCUGCUUAGAUGAAAGUCUUGGACAUAACAGCAACAUGGGCAGUGAUUCAGGCACCGCGGGAAGUGAUUCAGGUACUGAGAAUAUGCCAGGAAGGUCAUCUCCUGAGCCAGAACUGCCUCUCGGGCCUUACCAAAUGGAAGUGGUACCAGCCUUGGAGGAGAAAAAUACCAUCAUAUGCCUCCUCCCUACAGGGAGCGGGAAAACCAGAGUGGACAUGGCCAAGGAUCACUUGGACAAGAGGAAAGCAUCUGAGCCUGGGAAAGUCAUGGUCCUGGUCAACAAGCAUUUUUAAGUACCAUUAGUUAAACAGCUCUUCCGCAAAGAGUUCAAACCCUUUUUUAAAAAAUGGUAUCAAGUUACAGGAUUAAGCGGUGAUACCCGACUGAAAAUAUCAUUUCCAGAAGUUGUCAAGUCCUGUGAUGUUAUUAUCAGUGCAGCUCAAAUCCUCAAAAACUCACUUUUAAACCCAGAAAAUAGAGAAGAUACUGGUGUCCAGUUUUCAGACUUUUCCCUUAUUAUCAUUGAUGAAUGCCACCACACCAAGAAGGAAGACGUCUAUAACAACGUCAUGAGAUGUUAUUUGAAACAGAAGUUGAAAAACAAUAGACUCAAGGAAGAAAACAAACCAGUGAUUCCUUUCCCUCAGAUACGGGGCCUAACAGUGUCACCAGGUGUGGGAGCCACAAAGCAAGCCCAAGCCAAAGAACAUAUUUUAAAAAUAUGUACUUAUCUUGAUGCAUUUACCAUUAAAACUAUGAAAGAAAAUAUUGAGCAACUCAAAGACCAAAUAAAGGAGCCAUGCAAAAAGUUUGUGAUCUCAGAUGACACCAGAGAAGAUCAAUUUAAAGAUAAAAUUAUAGCAAUAAUGACAAGUAUUCAAAGUUUUUGCCAAGUGUGUCCAAUGCCAGGUUUUGGAACUCAACCUUAUGAGCAAUGUGGCAUUCAAAUGGAAAAAAAAACUGCCAAAGAAGGAAACCACAAAGACCGUGUGUGUGCAGAGCAUUUGAGGAAGUACAAUGAGGCCUUACAAAUUAACGGUACAAUCCGAAUGAUUGAUGCAUAUCGUCACCUUGAAACUUUCUAUAAUGAUGAAAAGGAAAAGAGUGGUGACAGUGGUGGCAACGGCGAUGAAGGGGAGGGUGACAAAAAGAAAGCUUUGAAACUGGAUGGGGCAGAUGAUUUUCUCAUGAAUUCAUUUCUUGAUAAUAAGAAAACAUUGAAAAAGCUGGCAGCAAACCCAGAACAUGAAAAUGAGAAGCUGACCAAAUUAAGAAGCACUAUCGUGGGACAGAGCGCAAGGACUGAGGAAUCAGCCUGAGGAAUAAUUUUCACAAAAACAUGACAGAGUGUGUAUGCUCUUUCCCAGCGGAUCACUGAACUCAACAAAUUUGCUGAAGUAGGUGUCAAGGCCCAGCACCUGAUUGGAGCUGCACACAGCAGUGAGUUCAAGCCCGUGACUCAGAAUGAACAAAAAGAAGUCAUUAGUAAAUUUCACACAGGAAAAAUAAAUCUGCUUAUCGCUACCGCAGUGGCUGAAGAAGAUCUGGAUAUUAAAGAAUGUAAUAUCGUUAGCCAUUACGGUCUCACCACAGGUGAAACAGCCCUGGUCCAGGCCCGAGGUCGAGCCAGGGCAGAGGAGAACACCUAAGUCCUGGCAGGCCACAGCGGCUCAGGAGUUUUUGAACUUGAGACGGUUAAUGAUUUCCAAGAGAAAAUGACAUAUAAAGCCGUAGACCAUGUUCAAAAUAUGAAACCAGAUGAGUAUGCUCAUAAGAUUUUGGAAGUACAGAUGCGAAGUAUAAUGGAAAAGAAAAUCAAAAUCAAAAGAAGUAUGGCAAAGCAAUACAGGGAUAAGCCAUCAUUAAUAAGUUGCCUCUGCAAAAUCUGCAGUGUGCUGACCUGAUCUAGUGAGGGUAUCCACAUAAUUGAGAGGAUGCACCAAAGCCACAUGACAGCAGAAUUCAAGGAGCUCUACGUCGUGAGAGAAAACAAAGCACUGAAAAAGAAGUUUGCACACUGUCAAGCAAAUGGUGAGAUUAUCUGCACAAAAUGUCGCCGAGCUUGGGGAACAAUGAUGGUGCACAAAGGCUUAGAUUUGCCUUUUCUCAAUAAGAAUUUUGUAAUGGUUUUCAAAAAUAACAAACCAAAGAAACAAUACAAAAAGCGGGUAGAAUUACCUGUCAUAUUCCCUGGUCUUGAGUAUUCACUGUAUUGUUUGCUUAGUGAUGAGGAUUGACAUUUAAUUCAAGAUUCUUUGAAAAUAUCAUCAAUUUAACAUUUAAUAUGAUUUUGAUUAAUGUUUUCAUUGUACUCCAGAACUGAUGUAAAAAUUAAAAUAAUCGCUUUAUUCUGCAUUGGGCUGUAUAGAGGAAGACAGUAUAUUAUGCUUUCAGUCAUCUAUCUUGUUAGUGGAUAUCUGUAAAGAAAAUCUACCAGUGUCACUUAUUACUGUGGAGCAUUAGAGUACUAUGGGAAGAAUGCUGGAGUAUAAAUGAGGAUCCAGAUUACCAGUCUUAGUCCUUAAUGGGCCUUCUGUAGCCCAGCUAUGUGGUGUUCAAGGCCUGCAGAAGAGUCUCUGCCUUACAUCUGUUAAGAUGAAGUCCUAACUGCUAGAAUGAAGAUGAAGUGACUGUCUCAUCACAUUCCUAGGUGCUGCCCACACUCCAGCGAGGGCAUUGUUCAGGGUUUCUUAUAAUCCAUGCUUUGAAUGUCCAGGCUGCUUUCAUUUUAAGACCUUGUCCAGUGACUGGUUAUAAUAUCAGCUGUGGGCUAAAUAUCUGCUAAAUACAUAUUUAAAGGUAGCUCAUAUCUGCCAAAGGAUGUUGCAAGCAUCUCAUAAAACAGGUACACUGGCUAAAGGCAUGUGUCUCAAGGCAGGUUUAAAAGGCCUGUAAGUAUUAGGAAUUUUAGAACAAGUUUUUCCAAAACGGUAGAUCAUUGGCCAACUUUGUACAUGAGAAAUGUAAGGUUUAUGCCAGAAGUUUGAGAUCAUUUCAAAUCAUGUAAAAUUAAAAUACAGUAAAUUGUAGUUUAUAUAAAUACCUUGAAUGUAAGGCAUUGAGGCAACACAAAAUGAGUAACAAAUGGUUCCAAAGGACAGUUAGUCCAUAUCACAGGCAAUUGUUAAAAGUGAAAAAUGCUAUCAGAGAGGUAAAUAUUUCCUCUCUGCAAUUUAAUAGUCUCUACAUCUGAGUAUUAAGCCUUAGGGGAAAAGAGGCUUUUGGUGGUGUGUUUUUUUCAGUUCAGUUGAACAUACAGCCAAAGAGGAUUUGGAGUUUCUGGUAGGAAUUGUUGCUUUUAAGAUGUAAAACAAUCAAAUAUACUUAUGCGCUGAUAGGAAAGAACAAUAGAAAGUGAGAAAAUGCUAGCAACGUUCUACCCCAAAGUAAAUUGCUUAUUGGGUAUUGUUGAUAUUUUCUACCAAAUACUCUUGCUACAGUCUUUUCUCAUCACCCUGAUCCUCCCUCAAAUGUGUGCCUUUGCAGUGGCUAGAAGCCCUUCCUCUCCACCUCUUCGGCAGACAUCCUUCAUGUUCUCCAAAGAAAAAGCUCAUGUGUCCCUCCCCAGCCUCAGUGCCCGCCCGUCAGGUUUUCAGAACUUAAGGGAGAGAUACACAGGGAAAGCAAGCAUCACUCACCCUGAGCGUGACAAAGUGCUCCUUUCCCAAAGCUGCUAAACAAUGGCAUGAGUCACGGCAAUAAAGAGAAAAACAA